AUGUCCGCCUUCGAAGUAUAUCAAUUCCACGACUCGAACAACAACACAAUAAAGUACCUCUUCAAUCCAUCUAAGCGCCUCAACAACAGCGAUGAAGGCCCCGUCCUUCUCGACCAAGUCAUCGAGACCUUUGAUCCCGAAUUCGACACCGCGCCUUCGUAUACCAUCCCUGAGCCAAGGCCUGGAACGAGGAUGUUCGAGUACAAGGCCCGCGAUGGUGCUUACGUGGGGUACCAAUUCGAUCCCACUGCACAAAACGGCAAGCAGUACGUUGUGGCGGUACAUCGAGAACCGAUGAACUGGCAAAGCCUGAGUGAAGAGGAUUUGGCGGUUGAGAACGAGGAAGAGUUGAGGAGAAAUUUCGAAAAGAGGGCACCUCGCAAUGGACAAAAAAAAACUUCUUUUUUUGAGAGGAGAGAUUCUGCGAUGGAGAUGGACACGGAGGAGUAA